CUCCACGAUACGCGCGACCAUGUUCUAUGAAGGCACUUUGCAGAGCGGCAUUGGCCAAGCUAUCCAGCAGCAGAAGCUUGUAGCAUGCUUUGUGCGAGAUGAUAGCGCAACGAGCAAGCGAUGGGAAGAUGAGUGGUUGAAGAGCGGUUGGAUAUCGAGUCUCCUCGAACAGAAAGCUAUACUUUUACGCCUAGAGCACGGAUCUACCGAAGCUGGAUUCCUCGCCGCAUUCUGCAAGAUCGAGAGCGCGCCUACUUUGGUCGUCAUACACAAUGGAAAGCUACGCUUGCAGCUUGGGAGCGAGGUUGGCCAAGACGAGUUCGUGAACUCUGUACGGAAGGUUCUGGGCGCAGCAGCUAUCCCUGGUUCAGCCCCGGCGCAGGCAAGCACGGCACAAGCAGAGGAUGAUCUGUAUGGAGACGAGGAACCCACCACGACCGCAAUACCCCCGACAAGACCUGUAUCAUCGCCAGCGCCAGCGCGAGCACCGCCACCUGCACUCGCGCCCACCCCAGCGACUCCCUCCACAACGUCUAACGCCAAAGGCAAGCAACGUGCUGAGGCCACUCCACAAGCCGGCCUCGCAGCGUCGUCCACUACCACGAAUUCCGCGCAACAAGCUGCGCGUGCUGCACUACAGAAGAAGAAACGGGAAGAUGCACAGGAGCUAGCACGUAUCAAAGCACGUAUAGAGCAGGACAAAGCUGAGCGCAGGGCACAAGCAGAAGCACGGAAAGCCGAACGCGAACAAGAACGAACCGCGAGUAGCCAGGCACAAACCCAGUCUCGAACAACAACCUCGACAAGAGGAUCGCAAGCACAGAACGUAAAUCUCAAUGUGCGCCUCUUUGAUGGUCGCACUAUUCGCUCCACAUUUCCGCGAACAGCAACACUUGAGAAGGAAGUGCGCACAUGGAUAGAUGAGGAGUUUGCGAGGCUCGACUCAGACGACCCGAAUGUCCAGAAUCGCGCACUCCCUCCAUACUUCUUCAGACACAUACUUGCGCCCCAGCCAAGUCGCGAGCUCUCAGCCGGCGAUGAGAACCAAACACUUGGCGACAUCGACCUAGCACCCAGUGCGACUCUGGUCCUUGUACCUGUCAAGGGCUACACAGAUGCAUACUCAGGGAGCGGGACCAAUCUCCUCGCGGGAACAACAACAGGAAUUGUUGGUAGCGCGUUUGGUCUGCUGUCGUCGACUGUUGGAUACGCUGGAGGUCUCCUAGGGUCUUUCCUUGGGACUGGUGCUGCCGCGCCUCAACCGAACGAGGGGCAGGCUGUGGGCGGCGGCGGUGGUAGUGGUGAGCGGUCUGAGAAUUCGCGGUCCGAGAGGGAGGAGCAGGGAGGUAUCAGGGUAAGGACACUUGCCGAUCAAAGAGCGAGGGAACCGCGGAGCCAGCAGUUCUACAACGGGAAUCAGUCAAAUGUCGAACCGCGACCCGAUGAUCGAGGAUAGUUUUGCCGAGUGCGAGAGAGAGAGAGACUAUAUUGUCCCAACUCACGUUUGUUAGUAUCCUUAGUAUAGACAAUGCAUGCUUCUAGCAGUUUGGGCUGGAAGCAAAUCA